CAGACAGACAGACAGACAGACAGACAGACAGACAGACAUUCAAUUGACUGCUACUGUGCUAAAUUCAGGAUUGUCAUCUGCAUGAAUAUGACUUCUCCACGGACAUUUGGAUUCUCUCUCAAUAGCAACAGAGCGUCGGGACCCAGCUGGGGAGUGUUUUGUCGAGCUCUGCUCUGCUGGCGAGUUGCAGAGCACAGGGAGGUAGAGAAGGAAUAAAAAACCUUGCAUACACUUCAGCCGUGUUACUGUUGGAUUGUAUAUCCUUUUAGAUUAGCAGCAGAUCAGAUCGACAGGCAUUCCCACGCAAUAAACCUUGCUGUCUGUCUCUCCGACAUUUGCAACAUUGUGACAAAUGGAGGGAUGUAACAAUUUCCCUCUUCACUUGAUCUGCCUGAGACUGACUUACCCCGGCGUGUAUCCUUUUGUUUCAGAGACCCAGGCGUCCUCCUCAGUCAAUCCCCCAAGAUCGACUGUGGGUUAACCCGGCGGACAGAGCCCCCUCCUUAGCCCCCUUCCCCCUGUCUGUGCCCCCAGUUUCUCUCUAUUCCUGCUUCGUUAUGGUUUCUAUUUACCUUUGCUCAACCACCCUAAUCUUUCUGCUAAGGUCUCUUUCAUUCUCCCUCUAUCUAGCUCGCUCACUCUCUUUCGCUCUCUCCCUCCCACUUCUUGCCAUCUCCCUCCCCUAGCUUCUUCAAAGCCAGCAGUGCUCUAUUCUAUCCAGGAUGCUUGCUACAUGAUAUCUCGGAACACAGCGUUCAACGCUGCUCUCUCGCUGCCUGAUGCCGGAGCUGUCUCAGAUUUUAAUCUCAAGAACGGCAGGAUGCUCCUGCACAGGGAUUGAUCCCCCCCUUUUCCCUCUCAUUCUCCCCUUCCCCUCCCCUUUCCUAAUCUCCCGCCCUCUGACCCUCACCCCAGCUUCUCUUUCCCGACACCCCUUCCCAUUCUUUCUCACCCCAAGCCUCCUCUGCCCCUCUCUGCUCUUACCCCCUUGACCAUGUUGCCAUGUGUCUGCUGGCUCCAGCCUCUCCUCGUCUUGCUGUCCUCUGUUUUACGGGCUCAGGGGGAAAACUGUCCAGCAAGCUGCCUGUGCCCGGACCCCCACACUGUGGACUGCAGCGGCCGUGGACUCACCCGUCUUCCUGAUGAGAUCCCCUUGGACGUCCGCAGGCUCCUUCUGUCUGACAACUGUAUCCCCCGCAUUCCCUCUGACUUCCUAGUGCUCUACAGUGACCUGGUCUACCUGGACUUACGGAACAACUCUUUGUCCCACAUCGAGCCGGGCACCCUCAGCACCUCUUCCAGGCUGGUGUUUCUGGACUUGGGCAGCAACAACCUGACAGAGAUCCCCUCAGGGACCUUUGGGCAGUCCCGUAGCCUGAUCAAACUCCGCCUGGGCAAUAACCCCUAUCUGAGCAGGGUCAACGAGGAUGCAUUCCUGGGCCUCACCUCCCUGCGUGAACUGGAGCUGGAGCGUAACGCCCUGUCUGGCCUUCAGGUGGGGGCGCUGAGCCAGUUGCCCUCUUUACGGGUGGUGAGACUGGAGGGCAACCCUUGGGUGUGCAACUGCAACUUUGCCAACCUGUUUGGAUGGCUGGAGGAAAACAGUCAAAAGCUUCCAAAUGGAGUGGAGGGCAUGGAGUGUACAUUACCCAUGGACGGCAGACGGGUGUCCCUGAGCCAGCUAUCACAGGACAGCUUCCGGGAGUGUCAGAUCACCCUUACCUUAACAGACUUACUCAUCAUCAUAUUUUCUGGCAUCUCUGUGUCCGUAGUGGCCAUCAUGACCAGCUUCUUCCUGGCCUCCAUUGUCCACUGUUUCCAGCGCACAAGCAAAACCACUAAGGGAGAUGAGGAGGAGAGUGAGGAGUGAGACUGACUGUGUCCCAGAGCACGCAUGAACUGACACUUCAUCUGGCCCGACCGUGAGACCAGGCUGCUGCCCAACAUGCUGCUCAACCUGCCGCCUCACACAGGUGGAGAACUGGGAGAGGAAUAGAGGGAUUGAGUUACACAUUUUGCAUUGGUUUGUGGGGUUUUCCAAAAGCCCUGAUACUGCAGAUGCUGUUCUCUCUGCAUGUGUGGAAAAUAUAUAAACAUGUCCCAAUGAGUUAUAGUCACAGAUAGAAUAGAUCAUUCUCUAUGUCUAUGGUGUUGACAGUGUGCUGUGGUUGCUCUUUAAAAGCAUACUGAAUAGCUCUUUAAUGCACACAAAUUCACUGGUGGUUGAUGAUUCGAUAGGAACACCAAGAUGUAGAAUAAAUAAUAUGUUUAUAAAGAGUUGCAUACUUUGCAGUUAGUUUUUCAGUUCCCAGCCUAGAUCCAAACAAAGACUUAUCCAAACAAAGACAUUAUUAGACAUAACACAAAAGCAAGUAAUACAGAUUUUCAGAAACUAUUUACAUUUGAUUUGACAUUUUUACAUCUUACAGACGUUUAUACAGAGUCAUUAAACUGUGAUUUAUUUUGAAAUGAUGUAGCUAUAAGUAGCCGCAGGCUCUUAGCCAAUACUCAAUACUCAUUUUGGGCUCUAAGUGAAAAUGUUUGUUGAAGGAUACAGUACGUCUCAUAUUGAACCAGGGCCUUAGAUUGCCAUUGCCAUCCAUGGGCGGGUCACCUAAGCGUUGUUUUGGGCCAAAACAGAUUGAAAAACACUUUCAGUGUAAAUUUAAAUUACUAAAACCAGAUAUAAAGUAUGCAAAAAAGAUAA